AUGGACAAUCCUCCAGAGCUUCCGCACGUCGAGGUGAACGUUACGCCUUUAUCCGACAUACUGGCGAGAUACUCCCAGCACUCGUUCCAGGAACUGCAGACUUUGAUACAUACUCUGCAAUCCAAGGCGAAAAACGACAACGCCAAGAAGAAGGCGUUUCUAGAUCUGCUGGUGGGGAUCCGGCAAAAUUUCGUGCGUUUGUAUGUGCUGUGCAAGUGGGCACGGGCGUCCAAGGACAUUGGGAAGCUGAUCGAUGUGUUCGUGUGGCUGAGGGGACAGAACCAGAAGUAUGCGGACUCGAUAUUUGAGCUUUCCACCAUCAAGAGUUCAUUGAUGAGUGCUAAGCUACCCGAUCCGGACCUGACCACCGCUAUAGAGGUUUUGAUGACAGGGAGACCUCAAUUACCGACCCACGGUUUGCUGUCCAAGAAGCCUUUGUCCCCCUAUCUGAUUCUGAAGACGCUGCGAAACCUCAAUGUAUCACUAUCGACUCGCAUGGCAUUGGAGGACGACUUGCCUCCUGCUUUUCAGAACUACAAGGUGGAAGAUGGCCGCGUGGUGUUCCAUGUACAUAAAUCAUUCCAGGCUUCCAUUGCGAUAGCGGACGAUUCGGUUGACGACUCGCCUUUCUUCCUUGUGGAUUUCGAGUUUAGCUUUGCUUUGAAAGAUGGGAGUCUUAUUCAGGCCUCAACACCUCUGCCCGCAGUCACUCACUCCAAAAUCGAGAAGUUGGCCAACGCUGCACUGGCAAAAGAAGGCCUCUUUGGCCUGUACGAUCUGCUCCACAGAUUCGCUACAACUUUUAAGUUAUACCUUCUCCACAGACAAUUAGUUGCUAUGAGAAUUGGGUUAUGGAAGGGAAAUUUGUCACAUACCUACAAUGCCGAGAAGUGCUUUGUGGUGAUCAAGUACUGGGCGAAAAAGCCCAGCAGUUCGAAGCAAAAAUCCACCAUAGAGAUCGGAAUCAACAAACAAACUAACGAUCUGUCGUUCAGGUGGGUGAAAGAUGGGAAACUAAUCACAGAUCAUGGCAUAAGCUUUGAUGAGUUUGACGGCGAUGAAGAUAAUGACGACGGAGAAAUGAUAAACCUGGAGCGUUUGAUAAGAAGAAUCACAAAAAGGCACUCCGAGCUGAAUAUUCAGCAAAUAUACGAUGACAUUGCUGACAGAAUAGAAGAUGCAGAGAAGCUGGUGUCUAUAAACAGAGAAGGCGGAAAUUGUUCGAUUGUGUUCAAUCUGAACGCAACAAAAACUGCAACUUACAGUUUGGACGCACUCUCAGGAAAAGGAUACUUCCACGAUCCCACCCCACUUAUGACGGAUACUGCAAAUAGUAUCAAUUCGGGAGAGUUCAGUGAAUCGUCUCUAAAGCUAUUAAAGUUCAGACUGGAGUCUCAGAUACAAGAGCUGGGCUCUAUGCUUUCAGCCACGGGAUGGAUAAACGUUGAUGUCGUGAAAUUACCAUCUGCUGAAGUAUCCAAACUCAACAUCAGCUAUGCUGAGCUCAAGGAACCCCACCUCUUCUCUCAGCUGUAUUCUAUCCGAUUCUUUAGAAGACGUGAGUGGACUGCUGGAUGGUUUUUGUGUGUUGGAAUAUCGGGUUUCUCCAGGCAGGUGAACUGGUGGUGCGCUAGAAUCAAGAGUAAUCUGGGCCAAUGGUCCAUCAACUGGACAGAGUCAAUCAAAUGUGGCCAGAAUCAACAUGCAUCAUUGUAUCGUCUCGAACAAGACUACGAUUACUCCAGUUUGGUCGAACUCUCAAGGAUCAGUGCUGCCAAACUAUUGUGCCAUCUCAUCGAAGAGGAGCUCAUUGACAAGGGAGCCAAGAUCGUAACACUAGACUUCCGCCAUCCAAAUGUGGACAAGUUCUUCAAUAACUCAAAGCUGAAGAGUUACCUACCUGAAGGUUUACAGCCAAAAAACGAAGAUGACAAUUCCCCUGUGAUGUUUAUAGAUAACAACACUUUGAGUCAAGUUCCGAACUGCUGGGGAGACUUGGUUCUUUUGGUGAAGAUGUCUUCUGAAACAAGGACAAUGGAGAUGAUAUUGCUUGGAGAAUUAAAGCAAAGGUUUUACGCGCCAUUUUCUGGGGCUAGUGGUGAUGUUUUCAAGCAGGAUUUUAGCGAAAAUACUUCAAUUGAGGUUAACCAGAAAGAGCUGGUCUUCAGUAUAAAAUCCAAGGUCUGCGUGGAAAACAACAGGUCUCUUUCGUUGACUGCUGAUUUGUUGACUGUGUUGAACAAACUUACGGCGUUGAUCACUUUACUCAAGCUGGUGGGUAAUGACCAAACCAUCAAGCUGCUUGAUAUCUCCCUUAGUGAGGUGACGUUUCAGUAUGGAAAAGAUGCUUCUGAGUCCAUAUCAUUAAUACUCGCCAACAAAAAUGCCGAAGAUGGAUCCAGAAUGCUCUUUGACAUGCCGAACUCGAACCCUCAUCAGUUUGCAAGGGACUAUCUUCGCAUUCUCCUUGCUGAGUCUCUGAAAGUGCCUCAAUUCGUCGUUCCAAGGGUUUAUGGGAGUUCCUCUGCAAUGAGCAUGGCGAAUAUGCCGGGGAUUAUCUCUCCAGGAGGAUUGAAUGGAUUCAUAACUUACCUCAAACUUACGCUACCUCUUUCCAGAGCGAUUCAAGAGAUAACCUCCAAAAAGGCUGAGUUUCUGAAGUUGUUCGCCAAAAAAGCUUCUCUCACAGAUGAUAGCACACCCCCAAUCACCAUCAAUGGUAUUCCAUGCUUGAUGCAUGAUGUGUUUUGCUACGGUUCGUCGCGGUUUAGGCUGGAGUAUAUUAUUACCAGGAAGUCAGAGGACCAAAAGAAAUCGGGUAAGAUUGAACGUGUCAAGGUGGCAGUGGAUGUCGACUUAAGGAACCGGGGGUCAUUUUUGGAUGCUAACAAGUCACUGUUCUAUGUUUCGAGCCCCGAUACUACCCAUGCCCCGACCUUUUUGAAGGAACUGUUUGCGGGAACCGAGAAGUUCGAACACGAUGGUAAGAGCGUGGUAGCGCUGCAGAAGGGUGCUGCCGUGGCGUACCAAUCCAUCCACCCACUGCUGCUGAAAAUCCACGACGCAUUUUACGAAAAAUACGGGACUGACUCCUGA